GUGCUGUGUCCAGGAAUUGCAGCUGUUCGGGCAGGGGGCAAGGGCUGUUGUGGUGCAGGCUGCUGCGGAAAUCGUUGCAGGGUCCAGCCAGAGUUGGAACCCCUGGUAGCCCUGGAACAUGAACAGCCUGCGUGUCUAGGGCCUCAGGGAAUGCUAGGUCGCAUAAUGAAGCCCUUCCGCGCCAGUCUGAGUGCUGAAGGGGAUGUGGAGUUGUCGCAGUACCUGGCUGGAUGGAGGGAACUAGUCAGGUUCCUAACUCCCCUCGGCUCCAUCUUCGCCUUCGCCACAAGGGAGGCCUUCAUCAAGGUGACAGCCCUUGAGGCUUGCGUGGAUGGCCCAGAUGCCGCGCACUACACGUCGCUAGCGACUAUGGUGGUGUGGGAGCAACGAGCCGGACUGCUGGAACGACCAGGGACUGCUUCCAGGGACUCGAUCGGAUCCUCGGGUUCACGAACGCUGCUCUUGUUGCACCGCGCGCUGCGCUGGUCCCAGCUCUGCCUCCACCGGGUGGCGACAGGGACGCUCGGAGGCCCAGACGCCGGUGAGCAGUGCGGUGAUGCCUACCGCACGGCCCUGGCCCCGCACCACCCAUGGCUCGUCCGUCAGGCCGCCCGCCUUGCAUUCCUUGCCCUCCCGAGUCGCGAUCGCCUGCUGGAGCUGGCGUGUCCAGGCACCAGCGAGGCGGACGCGCGGGCUGCUCUGGCCCGGGCCGCCAGCACCCUGGAGGAUGUCUACAACCGCACGCAGGGCCUGCUGGAGGGACAUGGCCUGCUCCAGCUGGCUUAAGCACAGCGGUGGCCAGAGACCCGCCCAGAAAGGAGCACCCUAGGGCGGAAUCAGCACAGCCCAAGGUCGCGCCCCCAUCACUGGCCAGGGACGCAGGGAGCUGGCCGCCUGGGUAGCCCGCCUCCUCCGUGACGUCACCGCAGCUAAGGCGCGUCCUCGGCUGGGGAUGGUUUGGGCUUCUCCCAGUAUCCGCAAUCUCUGGGAGAUCAGAAGAGCUAUGAGAAUUAAAAGUAUUCUUUGGCAGCUGUCGAAGUAGGGCGUUUUACGUGAUGACGGUUUAAGGGAAAAAAAAAAAGAACAGGAAUGUGGGAAGAUGUGGAAUGUGUCACCCCUGUUCCUGGCAGCCAAGAGAUUCAUGAUCCCUCUGGCCUAUCUCAACCACUCCUGUGGCUUCAGUUGCCGACCUUAUGCCAAAUCUCCAGCCCAGACCCAUCCCCUAGACUCCACUGUCAUACAGCCAACUCUUUCUUGGACUCUUCCCACAAACCUAACAUGUCCAGGGCAGAUCCCACCACCCUCCCCCCAGAAGUGCAUCUCCUGUGUUCUCAGUGAAUAACACUUUCUCCCUUCCACUACCUAAAGCCGAAACCCGUGCAUCAUGCCUCACACCAAGCAGGCACUUGGCUUCACAGGGUAUGUUUAUCAAACAACUCCUUGGCCACACCCACAACGGUAGUGAACAUGAAAGAGCCUGCCCAUUUCAUACACUAAAUCCCAAAUUAUACCUCCAAUCCACUUUCUUCUGCACUCCAGAAUUCUCUGUAUGUAACUGCCUGUCUUACAUUUCCACUUGGAUGUCAUCUAAGUGUAGCAAACCUAACAUGUUCAAACUGAGCCAUAGUCUUUACUAGCUCAGUAAGAAACUCCAUUCUUCCAGGUCCUUAAACCAAAAACCUCAUAAUACUUACUCAUGUUUCUUUUUCAUCACACCAACAUCCAAUCUUUGAAAAUCUGACCAGCUCCCAUUUUCUCCCUUGCUCCUACUCUUGUAGAAGCCAACAUUCUGUAUCACCUGGAUUGUUGCAAUAACUUAAUUGUUUCUCUGUCCAUCUCCCUCUUUAUGAUGUAUUGCC